UGAAAUGUCCAGAAUGGUUCAGAAAAAAAAGUAUUAAUUUAUUGUUUCUUUUUAAUUAUUAUUUUAUGUUGUUAUUAAAUAUUAUGUUAAAUCAUAAUUAUGGGUAUUGUUAGUAGAAAAAGUAAACUAGAGAGAGCAUGAAAAGUGUUUUCAGUGCUAUAGAAACACCCAUCAGUGUCUGUUUCAGUAAAAUCCAAAUUAAAUUUACUCCAUUGAUCUGCCAGAUAAAACAUCCUUCAUUCUCUAUGCUUCUUUCUUCUCCUUUCUUUCCAUCCAUCAUCCGUCUCCGUCUGUCCCUCCCUCUUGUUUCUCUCUGUCUCAGACGCUGUAAGUCAUGAGAGGAUCAGAGUUCAUGUUAAUCAUUGAUCCGAGGACUCAGAGAUCUUCAGUGUUUACGCUCUCGCUAUGUGCUUUACCUUUUCUUUCAUUAAUGAUGCUUUGCUGCAGUUUUUUGCUCCGAUAGUUUGCUCACAAUGUUGCGAGUCUCAUCCGUGUCUCUUACUUUAAUUCCAGCGUUGAUUUUAUGGAGCACGACAGAGUGUGUCCUGCUGGGAAAAGCAUCAAAACUGUGGCUGCAGCCGCUGAACGAGACGCACCUGCAGACCGGGACGUUUCCCAGCGGGUUCCUGUGGGGCGUCGGGACCUCGGCUUUCCCGACCGAAGGCUCCUGGGAUGCAGAUGGGAAGGGGGAGUCCGUGUGGGACCGUUUCACCCAUCAUUCCCGCACAGACAGAUCGGCUAGUGACAGUUAUGUUCAGUGGGAAGAGGAUUUGAGAUCGAUUCAGUAUUUGGGUGUGAAGUUCUACAGCUUUUCUCUCUCCUGGCCUCGUCUUUUCCCAGACGGCGACGCGACUGCAAAACCCAACCCAGCCGGAGUGGAACAUUACCGGCGUUUGAUCCGCAAGUUAAAGGAGCUUCAGGUGGAGCCUGUGGUGACUCUGUUUCACUGGGAUUUACCGCAGGUCCUGCAGGAGCGCUUCGGAGGCUGGCUGAACCGGAGCAUGGUGGACUUCUUCGCAGAUUACGCUGCGUUUUGUUUCCAGACGUUUGGUGGGGAGGUUCGAUACUGGCUGACGAUGCAUAACCCGUUUCUCCUGGCCGUUCAGGGCUACGGCACGGGGGCUCACGCUCCGGGGGUCAUCGGAGACCACGCUGACCCCUUCAUCGCUGCACACAACCUCAUCAGGGCUCAUGCUGAAGCGUGGCACAUCUACGACAGUCUCUUCAGACCUCAUCAGGGCGGUCGAGUCUCCAUCACUCUCGGCUCUUAUUGGGUGGAGCCUCUUCACGGUCAGGCCUCGCCAGCCACUGCGGAGCUCUGUCAGAAGUCCAUGGAGGCUGUGAUCGGCUGGUUCGCAGAGCCCAUAUAUGGAAGUGGAGAUUAUCCAGAGUCCCUGAAGGCCUCGAACCGAGGUGUGAUCCCAGAGUUCACUCCUGAUGAGAGGCUCUAUGUGAGGGGAACCGCUGACUUCUUCUCAUUGGCCUUCGGGCCGGAGACCCAGAGGGUGGGCCGAGGACUGGCCCGGUUCGGGCAGACGGUGACGCUGGACUUGAGGAGCGUUCUGGUCUGGGUUCAGCAGAUGUACGGCGAUCCGCAGGUGCUGGUGGCAGAGAGCGGAUGGUUCUCUGACGCUUCUGUCGGAGUCGAGGACACUGUGGCCAUUUAUCUGAUGAAGAGGUUCAUCAUCCAAGUCAUGCAAGCCGUGUCCGUGGACGGAGUGAGUGUGUUUGGAUACACAGCCUGGAGUCUGGUGGACGGUUUUGAGUGGAAUCACGGUUACAGCAUACGGAGGGGAUUGUUCUACAUCGACUUCAGUCGACCCGAGCGCCACCGGCUCCCGAAGACCAGCGCACGCUUCUACAGACGGCUGGUCCAGGACAACGGCUUCCCUGCCGACAACACGCAGCACAUCGAGGGCCGAUUCCCCUGCGACUUCCAGUUUGGAGUGUCGGAAUCAGUCUUACAGGUGCAUCUGCGUCCGUUCUCGCCGCAGUUCACCGAUCCGCACCUGUACCGCUGGAACUACUCCGGUGACGGCGCUCUCAAACCCGUGACGGGCGUCACGCUUCACACGCGGGCGGCGCAGUGCACUGACUUCCUGUACAUUCAGCGUCACCUCUUUCUCCUAGGGGUCACGGGGUCGUCACACUACCGGUUUGCUCUGGACUGGACCCAGCUCAUGCCCAGCAGCGACCCGUCGUCUGUGGAUGCGGAGAAGGUUCGGUUCUACCGGUGUGUGCUGAGCGAGCUCGUCCGACGAGGAAUCCAGCCGGUCGUGACCCUGUAUCAUCCCAGCUACCGGUCGCCCUCGCUGGGUCUGCCCGAACCGCUGCACGCUAACGGCGGCUGGAGAAACGACAGCGUCGUGGAGGCCUUCGUCGAGUUCGCCACAUUCUGUUUCCAGGAAUUUGGUGGUUUGGUACCGACGUGGAUCACCAUAAACGAGCCGAACCGGCUAACGGAUGCGUACGGCGGGACGGCUGAGGACAGAAGAACGGUUGCGCGUCACCUGCUUCUGGCGCACGCGAGGGCGUGGCGCGUUUACGACACGCGGUUCCGGCUGCAGCAUGGGGCGUCGGUUAGCAUCGCGCUCCAUGCUGAUUGGGUAGAACCGGCCAAUCCGUUCUUAGAAUCGCAUGAAGCUGCACAGCAGCACUUUUUGCUGUUCGAACUGGGCCGUUUUCUCGACCCUCUGUUUGAGGGGCGUGACAGCACUCUGAUUGGCUUCACCGACGAGGAGAGGGAGGAGCUUAAAGGGGCGCUGGAUUUCAUCGCUCUGAAUCACUUCACAACACGUCUGGUGUUACCGCUGCAGCAACCGUCACCACAGAACCCAAACCCAGCCAAACCGCCGAACCAGGACCACGGCUUCUCGAUGAUGACUGACGUCACCUGGCUGUCGUCACACCUGAGACAGGCGCUCGUGCCCUGGGGCCUCCGCAGGAUGCUGGGGUGGGUGAAGAAUCGUUAUGGCAACGAGCUGCCCAUCGUUAUCACAGCGUCAGGGGUGGAUGACCAGGCACCCCAUAAUGACCAGCUGAGACAGCACUAUAUCAGAGACUACCUGCAGGAGGCGCUGAAGGCUCGAGAGUUGGACGGCGUCAAUCUAAAAGGGUUUUAUAUCUGGAAGCUUCAAGACCAUCACGACCUUGAGUUUGGCCUCUUCAGCUCCGCCGCUCAUCACUCUCGACCCAAAGCGUCCGUCAGCCUUUACCGUGACAUCAUCACCCACCGCGGCUUUCCAUCCGCCGCUGACCUCCAACCUUCCCCCUGCCAGGUCGCGGACAACCGGAUGAGCUGUGAAUUCUGCACGCAGAUGGCUGAGAACAAACCGCUGCUGUUCUUCAGCGCAUGCGUGUCCGUCAGCGUGUCGAUGCUCAGCGCGCUCAUCAUCAUCUCUGUGCUGAGGAAGAGGAGGAGGAGGAGGACGCCGAUUAACAUCAGGCCGCAGAGACUCGCUGUCCAGCAGAGGUUCCCCAUGAUGAGGGUGGCAAACAGAACAAGGCACUUGCACUGUUAAAUGGGCGAAUUAUUUUUUAAAGUUAAACAAUUAAACACAGGAAAAUGUGCAUAAACACACUGGAAUCCACCGCACAUGAUUAAGCAUCAAAUAUCUCCAGAUUGGCUGUGAUUGUGUCGCAUUACAUCUGGUAGGGUUUGGUGUAGAAACACUUACAAUAGAAUUAAAUGGGCAAACAUGAUACACUUUAAAAUGCACACAUGUAAGUACAGCCCAAAUGUGUUAACAUGAGCCUUGUGUGACAGAACUGCAGACCGGUAAACCCUGUAACCGAUACAAGGUUGCAAGAAAAAGCACUUUUUAUAAAUUAUGAAAAAUAUACACAUGCAAAUUUUGUCGGUAUCACCAGAAGUUCAUCCAGCUAAAAUAGUAGUCUGAACUCAAAAAUGAUGAUUUUUAGACAUUAAACAGCUCAAAUAAUGCAUAUUUUUAAAAAAAAGUGCUUUAAAAAAAAUACAAGAAUCACAUUUCUGUUUUAAACCCUCCAGAAUGAUUCCUUCAUUUACGUCUAUUGUAAGAAGCUGUUGUGUUGAACUGUCAGGAAGGGUUGUGUUGAUUUGUAAGUGGCACUGAAAUAUUUUUGUAGGAACUGUAUUGAUAUCUGUCUUUGCAGAUCUAUCCGCUAGGGGGCGCUGCUGCAUGUGAAUUCCCCCUCAGCUCAAAUUAUUAAUGGUUCACUUUUUGUACAUUUUGAUGGACUUAAAGUGGAGUAGAGGGAGCGCUAAAAGAAAACAGGAAUAAUGUAAUGUAAUGAAUGUGUGCUGUUUUGUAAUACUGUAAAUUAUAGGCUUAACAAUAAAUAUUAUAGUUUGAGAACUACUGAAGACCAACUUGUAUCAAACCACCAUCAUGUGAAGCUGCUGAAGCAUUUCUAUUUCAAACCGUCAAUGAUAAUGACGAAGGCAUC